AUGCUUGCCAAACUAGAGUCCCAGGGACUUCUUGGUCCUGACUCGGAAGUCAAGAACCUUGGAAUGGUUAUGGCGUUGUACUUAUGCACAAAUUCCGACAUGCGCGCCUACGGUAUUUGCGAAGGAAAUGAGGAUAAGAAGAACAAGGUUGCAGAAUUUUAUAACUCUGACGAAAGGAUUCUAGCCUAUGCUAAUAAAUACAACAUUGAUUUGCGCGGUCCGUCCAACAUCGAAAGUUGUGUUGAAGAGUUGGAUGAUGUCGAAUUACCACCUGCUCAAAACGACCCUUGGGGCUGGGCUGAUGUCCUCAAGCAGUAUGAAAAACUUUACGGACGGGAGAGAAAGAAGCCUAAGAUUGGGGGAAUUCAAUAUGACAUCACGGGGAUGAGCAGUGCAGAACGCAGGGAGAGCAGCUACAAUGGUAAAGACCCUCUGAAAAAGGCCGAAAUCGACGCAAUCAAGCAAGGAUCACCGAUGACAACUAGCCGGGCGAAUGAUCAGACUACUCGAUGUGUACAUUUCACACUAUCUAAUACAUGGGCUUGCUUUAUCUCAUAG